AUGGUGCAAAGGUCCUACUUGCACGAGCAGGACGCCUUGCGGCAACAGCUGGGCGUCAAGGCGUUGCAGCGGAAGAUGCGCAUGGACUUGGACCAGCAGGUGGCAGAGAAGGCCAAGCGUCAGGAAUACGCCGUGGAGGAAGAUAAGCGCUACUACGAGAACUCCCUCAUGGAGUUGGAACGUUGGAAGGAGCAGGAGCAGCUGCGACAGGAUGAGAAGCAGCAGCGGAUCGUCAAGGAGAAGAUCGACCGCGAUGCACAGCUGGAGUAUGAGCGGAAGCUCAAAGAUGAGGAGCUGCAGAAGAAGAAGGAUGAAGAAGCGUCCUUGGUAGAGAAGAUCGUGAACGAGAUGGAGUUGGAACAGCGGCGUUAUGAGAAGAAGAAGGAGCAGACCAAGAGGACGAUGCGGAAAGUCUUUGAAGAAAACAUGGAGGACCAACGCCGACGGGAUAUUGCUAAGAAAGAGGCCACUGAGAAGGAGGCGGAAACCAUGAAGGAAUACAACCGGCUGCUGGACGAACAGGAGGAGCAACGAGCGCACGAGUUAGCCGCAAGGAUGGAGCGACAGUCCGAACUCAUGAAGAAGUUGCAAGAGAACGUAGACACCGUGAAGAAGGGUGCCGGUGACAACGAUGCCCAACGGGCGGCUCUACAAGCGGAAGAGCAAGACAGGCACUACUUCGAAGCGGAGUCCGUGAAGCAGAACCGUUUGCAACAGAUGCGUUUGGAAAACCAGGCCUAUUUGCUGAAGCAGAUGGAGGAGAAGGACUCUCGUAAGAAUGAGGAGAAGUAUUUACAGCAGAUCCAAGCGGCCAUUCUCGAACGAGAUGCUGAGGAGUACAACUCGGUGGAGAAGCAGAAGGUCAUAGACCGAAGGGUCCGCAACCUCGAGCACCGCAAGGACAUCGAGAGGCAGAUGGAAUACAAAGCACGGCAGUCGGUGCCAGAGAUGAGUGAAGCCGAAAUCCAGUUGAAUAGGCCUCUACUGGAACUGGUCGAGCGCACCCUGCAGACCCGUGAUGAGCAUGAUGCCCCGCAGCUCACGGAGGCAGAGCUUGUGGAGGUCGUGGACGUUCGAGGGUCGAAUCAUUGCGAGAAGAAGAAGAGGAAGAUUCCUACAAUCCCUGAAGCAACCAUGGAAGUGGACCGCAACUGUAGGUUGCACCGCUUGAGCUGGGAGAAGCAGCGAUGGUCCCUGGAGGAGCUUUGGGGCGUCCAAUACGGGGGACGGCCAGGGAGCUAUGGGGCGGCCAAGCCGUGGAGACGGGAUCGAAAGCUCAUCACCGAGGCCGGACGUGGAAAGUCGUCUUCCGUGAUGGAUCGUCGACUUUUGGGCGCCCUGUGCGUGGAACCCCCGCGGCUGCGCCGCAGCGGCGUGCAGCUCCCCAGCCGCGUGGAGAGCCGAGUAGAGGCGAAGAUGGAGACUCUACAGCGACCUGCGGGCUCUCUCCAGGUCGUUGUGGGAGAUGGUGGAGCCGAGCUUUCGGCGUGGCUGAUGGGGCAACGGUGGCACAGCAAGUGGUCUUUCCUGGUGCGGGACAAGGUCUUUCGCGCCACUCAGAUUCACGAGAUCAAGCAAGCGGACGCUAGGUGGACCUACAGGCCGGCCACCCACAUCAACAAGUUUACCACCAUCCGCGUGGCGGUGCUGCUACGCUCGGAAUAUCCGGAGCUACUGAAGAGCCGAUGGGUGUGGAGCCCCUACCACCACGACCUGGGGAACCAAGAGGGAAGGGAUGUACAGUGCCGCGCACGGCAGGGGAACCCGGUGCCACCCGGAGCCAACCAACACGGUUCCACUGCCAGAGUCGACGCAGAACGUCGACACUUGCAGAACAGAUCGCUAGAGCAGCUAAAGACAGAAUUCCACGCCGCCCAUCCACGAAAACGCCGCGAGCGGCCUCCAUUUUGGGCGCCGAACCUCGUUUUCCCAAUCCGUUCGGCGAUGGACGAAGCAGCUGUUCCACUGGCCGUGCGAGUGGAGCAGUUCGUUCAGAAGCUUCGUUCACCGGAGGUGCUCUGCGGAAAUGAAUCUCUUCAUGAGCUGUCAACUGCCUUUAUGAACUGUCAGCUACUUCCUCCGAUGGCACCCAGUGAGUACCUGGAGUGGUUGAAGCGGGAGGUGCUCGAUAAGGAAGUGGCCAUUGAUUCUCCGAUGAUGAUGGGGCACAUGACUAACACCCUUCCGGACUACAUGCCGGAGAUGGGCAAGUUGGUGACUGCCUUGAACCUCAACCUAGUGAAGACAGAGACCGGGAAGGCUACGACCUUCUUGGAGCGCGAGGCGCUGGCGUUGCUGCACCGCGAGGUCUUCCAAAAGGAGGAGCAGUUCUACGAGGAGCACAUGCAAAGCCGCACCAGCUGUUUGGGCACGAUGACCUCUGGAGGCACCACUGCCAACAUCCAGGCUCUGUGGAUGGCUCGAAAUCGAGCGUUCCCCGAGGUGGAGCAGAGAGGACUUGUUGGUGCCAUGAAGGGCUGGGCAGGCGCUGUGGUCUUGGCCUCUGAGCUGGCACACUACUCACUGGCCAAGGCCAUGCGUUUGCUGGGCCUGGGCAGUGAGAGUUUGAUCCGAAUCCCCACGGACGAGACCUUUCGCGUGGAUGUGAAGGCCAUGGAGGAGGAGAUCCACCGGUGUCAGGCCGCGCACUUGAAGGUACUGGCGGUGGUGGGCCUGGCUGGUGCCACCGAGACGGGCUCCGUGGACGACCUCGAAGCCUUGGCCGCCUUGGCUGAACGCUUCGAUGUCCACUUCCAUGUGGAUGCCGCUUGGGGCGGAGGACUCCUUUUCGGUCACAAGGCCCAAUGGUCGCCCAACGUGGCGGGCCUCUUCCGCGGCGUGCGGCGUGCCCACACGGUGUCGGUCGAUGGUCACAAGCUGCUAUGCACACCCAUGGGUGCAGGGACCUUGUUAAUUCGAGACCCCUGUGAUCCUGGAUUGAUUACCAACUCUGCACGCUACAUCAUCAGAGAAGAUAGCUUCGAUCAAGGGAGGUUUACCUUGGAGGGCUCUCGUCCGGCAAUGGCGAUUUAUCUCCAUAUGAACCUCCGAUGCCUAGGCCGAGAAGGCCUAGCCCUGCGAGUUCAGAAGAGCUGCGAGUUGGCCAGGCGCUUUUGGGAGCUCCUCAGCGACGGGAGCUUCGAGGGCAUCGCGGAGCCUUCCACGAAUAUCGUGUUGUACCGCUACAUCCCUCAAUAUUUGCGCGGCUGUGAGCCUUCAGUGCUCAAAGCACACGGCAAGGCGCUGGAUGAGUUCCAGAUCUCCCUGCAGGCGGCGCAGUCCUUGGCGGGGCGUUCCUUUGUCUCCCGGACCUCCGUACGGGCGCCGCGCUAUGGAGCUAGCCUGGUGUGCUUACGUGCAGUUUUCGGAAAUAUGGCCAUCACUGAAGCUUCCUUGGUCGAGACCCUAAGGGAGCAAGAAGUCUUGGCACAGCAGAUCGAAGGCCUUGACAAGGUUGAUGGACAGCUCCUUCCUGCACCAACCCUUCGGCAGGAUCCAGCCAUGUUGAGAAAGAGCUGAUAUACAGCAGUCGCUGAGACAUUCAUAUCCCAGAAGGAAACAAUUGAAACAAGACCUCCAGGCGCGUAGUCAGCAUCAUAAGACAUAUUAAAAACAUAUUAAAAACAUACGUCCCGAUACUUCAAAAAGCAAUCAAAACUACUCGAUGCACCGAACUUUUUUCGCAUUUUUCCAACCGCACCCGCGACUCUGAGUCGCGCCAUGCCUUCACAGCUUCGCUCGGAGACCGGCGCAUUCGACCUCAGGAUGGGCCCACAUCGCCCAGUACAACCACCGGUCCAGCAAGUGAGACAGAUACCUCAAGUGAGUUCAUCGUGACUUCAUGAGCUUCAGGAGGCCGCAUCCGCCAGCAGCCCUGCGCGAACGCUGGAACAGCGAGCCGCCGCUCCGCGAGAAGACUAAGUGCCUGCUGGUUCCAGCGAAGUCCGGCUCCUUCAAUAAAGAGAAGAGUUGCUAGAACGAAAGC